AUGGACCCCCACCUCUCCCCCGAAUCGCGCGCCCAGUUCCCUUCGCAUAACGAACCGCGAGUAUGGCUGAUCACCGCGGGGGACUCGCCCAUUGGCAUCUCGGUCGCGCGGCAGGUCCUGGCGCAUGGCGAUUAUGUGCUCCUGGGACUGGCGCAUUCGGUUCUGGAACGUGAUGAGCGCCGCAGAAAUGGAUUUGACGCUUUUCUUGCCGAAGUGGAGGAGCACCGCGACGAGGGAUGGAAGCAGCGUAUGAAGGCGGUGCCGUUGGAUAUCAGAAUGAUGGGCGAGUGCCAGGCAGUCGUUGCUGAAGCAGUCGCGGCAUUCGGACGAGUAGAUAUCCUCCUCUGCUGUACCAGUCAGGCUUUAAUCGGUACCGUCGAAGAGCUGUCCGCCUCACAACAAACGUUGAACCUCGUCCGAGACCAAUUCGAAGUCAAUUACUUCGGACCCCUCAAUAUUAUCAAAGCUGCGCUCCCACACAUGCGCAGAGAACAUACAGGACACAUCAUGAUUCUGUCAGGAAUCACGGCGCAUAUCGGUACCCCAGGUCUAGGAAUGUACUGCGCAGCAGGCUGGGCACUUGAAGGAUUCUGCGACAGCCUCGCCUACGAAAUCGCCCCCUUCAACAUAAAACUCACAAUCUUCCAAUGCAGCAUCGAAAUCGGCAUCCUCACAAACCUUGUCACAAGCGUCCCCCCAAUCUUCCCCGCCUACUCCCCAGCAAACAACCACGCCCCUCUUUUCCGGGGCAUCCUAAACCACCUCGUUCCCCGACUCCCCGACGCCCCCUCCGAAGGCGUAACCACAAACCCCAAUACAACGUCAGGCAGUCGGUCCAGCGAGCAAGACAACCCACGCGUCAGCUCGAUCGAAAACGGACCAUUCUCCAGCUCGGAGAUAGUCUCCAUGCACCCGCCUCUCAGCUCCGCACAUCUGGAAGUUCUGGUUUCCGAGACUGUGUAUGCUAUUACUUCCAUUGGAGGCCAUGAGAAUCCUCCGUCCAGGCAUAUUGUCGGUCAAGAGGGUGUUGCGAGUGUGAAGGAGAAACUGAAGACUGUUAGUGAGGAGUUGGAGGAUUUUGUUCAAGCUAGCUUUGCGGUGGAUGUUGCUGCUGAUUCGGAUCCGACGCCGCCUGCUAUGGGGUCUUUUAGUGGGCCUUUUUGA